GCCCGGCUCAAGAUGGCGCUCCUCCGCUGCAGGCGAGACCCGUGCGGCGUCAUCUGCAUCGUUUUAACCUACUUCAGCGUGUUCUACGCGGACUACGUGGUGGUGCAGUAUGUCCUCAUCCCCGCCUACUCGGGCAGUGUGUGGUGCACGCUUCAUGGCUCAGUGUUCAACCUGAUUCUGCUGCUGCUGCUGGCCUGCCACGCCAAGGCCGUCUUCUCCGAUCCCGGUAUGGUCCCCCUGCCGGACACGGCCAUCGACUUCUCAGACCUGCGCUCGCAGUCGUCUCGGAUGAACGAGCGGGGCUGCGAGGGCUGGACGGUGUGCAGCCGCUGUGAAACCUACAGACCUCCCAGAGCGCACCACUGCCGGGUCUGCCAGAGGUGCAUCCGCCGCAUGGACCACCACUGUCCCUGGAUCAAUAACUGCGUCGGGGAGCUGAACCAGAAGUAUUUCAUCCAGUUUCUUUUCUACACCGGCAUGGCCAGCCUCUACUCCCUGGUGCUGGUGGUGUCAGCCUGGGUGUGGCGGAUCAGGAACGAGAGGGAGGGCGAGGCGGAGAAGGAGGGGGAGGAGGAGACGCCCAGCAAACACCUGAUCGUGGCUCAUUACAUCAUCCUGCUGGUGGAGUCGGUGCUGUUCGGCGUCUUCGUCAUGGUCAUCUUCUACGAUCAGCUGGUCUCCAUCAUCACGGACGAGACGCCCAUCGAGCAGAUGAGGAACCGGCUGAUGAUCAAGGACCGCAGCGCCUCGUCUCCGUCCGCCUCGUCGCCCUCCUCCUCCUCCUCCUCGCCGCUGCCUCACCACACGACGCACACCCGCAAGCCGAAGCUGGCGCUGCUGCGGGAGGUCUUCGGAAGAGGCUCGGUGUUCUGCUGGCUCCUCCCGCUCCACUCCAGCCCUCCGUCCGUUGGAGGGAUCUCCUACUCGGCUCUGCCCGACUACGACGUCUGACCCCCGGCGGCUCGUUCGCUGCCUGAAUGCGACGUCUGAUCUGUGGAGCGACAGGCGAAGAGGAAGGGGGGGCGAAGGUGCGAAUGGACCAACAGAGAGCCUGUGUAUGUGUGUGUGAGACUUUGUCCCCCGAAUCGACCCCAGACCCCCCCAGUCUCAUCAAAACAUCUCUUUAUGGAGCGAGCAUCGACGGCCUGGACAGAACUGACCAAUCAGCACUCUUCUUUACUUUGCUACGAGAGGAAGAGCUGGUCCUGCUGGGAACUGACGGAUGCUUUUUCUAUUUAUCGGCCAUGGAGGGAUUCAUAUAGUGCCGGCUCUGGUCUUAUUAUGGUGGUUUUGUUUGGUUACAGCGGGAGCUCGCCUGCUGCCGGUGGUCUUCAGGUUCUCAGCCUCCACUCUAAGACUCAUCGGGCUUUUCCACCAGCACCCACUCAGCUCUACUCCACUUGGUUUUCCUUGUUUUCCAUUACCGGCCCUGCUACCACUCUGCAGCUCCCUCUGAGGCUGCACAGUAUAUCACAGAUUUGUUGUCGCGGCAACGUCAACGUGCGAUAUAUCCUAGAGAUGGACCAGUACUGGUAUUGGGUAUCGAGUCAGUGAAACGCAGAGCACUGCACAUGGAUACCGAUUGGACCUACAUGAUGGAGAAAGGCAAUUCGAAGGCACUUCAGCGUGUUUCUUCACGUGCACGAGUGGGAAACACGAUAAAGCAAAGUGGUUUUCCAGUCCAUUGUUGCCAUGACAACAAGGCCGAUGGCGCGGUAACGGUAAGUGUGCGAUAUGUUGUGCAGCAACAGCCUCAACACCAAGGCUUUCACCAUAUUUAAAACCUGAGAAGUUUAAUUUGAGGAAAGUCGAGCUGAAACUGAAGUGCUCCGCUGGAGGAAGCGUUACUUCAGUUUUCAUUUGCAGAAUCAAAUUCAGUUUGUUUCGGAUUCCACUCAAGUCGAAGCUUUGAUGAAACCCCCUUUUUUAAUGACGUACAAAAUUUUUAUAAGCUGCAAAACGAUUCAUGCUUUAACUGUAAAAUUCCUGCAUGUCUGGGCCAAAGGUAUGUGGACAUCUGAUCGAAUCAUCCAUUUACACACCAAGUCAGAGGAACCAUUAUUAUUAAAUCAGUUUUUAUUAUAACCAAACCAAAUACCAGCAUCGGGCCAGAUACUGCAUGGAGUAGUCGUAUUUGUUGAAGCUCCCCAGGAGACAACCUGGUGACUAUUACGGGACGCGAUGUGUCAAAAACGUUGCUCAGAGGUAUGCAAGGGAAUAUGAGCGAUGUCCAUGGUUUAGAGAUUCUUUAAUCCUCUUAAAGAAAUUCCCAGGUCCACAAAAUGGGCAAGGAUUAGCACUUUUAAAAAGUGGCAUCGGUUCAUCCCUCAUUGUGACUUAUGCAGUAGACUUGGCUAGUUUUUACUCUAGAUGUUAGUCAUGGCACUACCGAGACUCUAAUCGACGUUCAUCACAGUCGAGGUCAAGACAACAAGAAUCCACAAUAAUUAAAACAACCUGAGCUCUGUGUUGCCACUGCAAUCCCAUGUGGAAAUAAGAUGAGUGGAUGGAGAAAGAAAAUCUCCAUUUGUCCAACUUAGACCCGUAAAGCCAUGCUCGAAGAAAAGAACAUACAGAAUUUACCAGCAGUAGACUCGGAGAGUUUAGAUUUUUCUUAUCAUUAAACCUGUCCUUCCUUCCACUCUUCCUCGUGGUAUUUGGUCAGUGUGUUGGUUCAGAGCAGCGCCCUCUGCUGGACUGAGCGUCAAACUGCUCGGUCCGACUCACUGGAUGGAUCCAACAAUAUGAAGACUGUACACAGGAAGGCUCAGCCGGUGCUACAACACAGGACCUCCUCCUCAUGAGGCAGCCACUAACCGCUACAACGCUUCAAAGCCAGGUUAGCAGAAACAUCAAGUUUUUAAACGUAAAAGCAGCUUUUAGCCUCAACCAAACGUCCACAUACUUUUGACUGGAUUUUAAAUGCAGAUAACGUUUUAACGACUCUAAAGAUCAACUGUCUUUUUUGUAUAUUUAUUUAUUUACUUAUUUAUCAGUUACAGUGCAACAGCAAGAAAACAGUAAAGUUUCUGAACAGGCAAAUCCAGCUUGUCCUUUAGAAACACAACAGCCGAACAGAGUUAAAUAUUCACCAGAUCUGGCAGAAAGUGAGCUGGAAUAGCUACAAAGAUGUAAAGCCACCAAAAUGAAAUGCAAACCAGUACGAAAGGGAUGGGAAUAAGAGAAAGAGAUGCAAAAAAAAAUCCUGAUUACAAGUAUGCAAAAGAUAAAAAAUAAAGCGAAUCAGUAAAAGGGACAAUCUAAAAGGGAUGUAAAUUGAAAACAGAUGUGAAAACAGUUAGAGAGCUCUCUGCACGGACAUUUUGGAUUUGUACAAAUUUCUAAUCCUGAACUGAAUAGAAGCCAAGCGAACAGUGAGUGUUGCGUUUACACCGGUGGCGUCUGUUGUGGUUAACUGGAGUGUCUGUGCUCGUCUGUGGUAGUUUAUGGUUUCUACCAAAUGAAGUGUAUUAGGAACCCUUUACACCACAAUGCUUUCAAGCGAAAACGCAAAACUUUUGUUGCUUUUUGCAUGUCUGUCUACACGACAACGACGCUCGGAGCCACUGAGGUGGAACUUUUUCCAAAAUGGGCUGUCUUCGUGAAAACGGAGGAAAAUUCAACUUUAUGGAUGGACAGUAAGAACAAUGUUUUCCUCCAGAGUGUCUUAUCCAGUCCAGAUUCUCCAAACACAAUAUGAACUGGGAGUCAUCUGUCCACGUAUUCCCAUUGUUGUGGUUCAUUACCUAAAGCACCAACUCGUGGUUCAGCAUCGUUUUCAGCGUUUCUGGCAUUUCCGUGUAAACGGACAUUUCAGAACGUUGCUGUGUAAAUGUAAAAACACGGAAAUGAUGCGUUUUCAUUUGAAACGUUGUGGCGUAACUGGAGCCUGUGUUCGACCUGGGCCGAGAAUGACUUCCUGAUCCUCAAAGGGAAAGUCGUGACGUUUGAGUCAGUGGAUUGUUCGGUCUAGUUGGCAGUGUUGAUCUCACUGCCGAUCGGAAAUCAAUCACAUCAUCCCAAAACAAUCCGAGAUUAGAUUGUUUUAAAGGGAGGAACGUUUGAAAUGCUGCAUUCACACUAACAAUUUGACGGGAGGUUACAGCUCGACACUAUGUCUGGACAGGAUGUUACUGUCUGAUUUGUUGAGUCAGGGUUAGCUAGCAUGCAACGCUCAUGUAUUCAACAGGGAAAUGUAAAGUCUCCACAGUGUGGGGUUUACAGACGUUUACAAGAAUGCAUGAGAGGACAUGCAGGUGCAAUUCCUGGCUCAGCAGUCAAGGGAAAAGAUUGAAACUCUGCGCAGACUUCAGUAUCUCAUUACUCCUGGCUUGUUGGACUAACAAACUGGAUUGUGACGUGAAAUAGAUGCAGUGCUGGUAAUCUGAUACGUCCGACUGCUGUAAACUGGCAUUAUAACCCGAGAAACUGCCUUUAAACAAAACUGGAAGAGAUCCAAAACGAAGUUUGGACUCUUUGGAUUAUCCAGAAAGUUACAGCCGCUCCUAUGUUUAAUUGGAUUGAUGACCUGCUGAAAGCCUCCAGGUUACAUGUUACUCAGUUUGUUUAUGGUGAGAAGGCAUUUUUUCAAAUCAUUGGGUAAAUUACUGUAUUUGGUAACAUUUCUUUCAGUUUCUUCCAAAUUUGCAAUGAACGUGUCAAACACUAAGAUAGAAGAAUCAGUUCCAGAAUGUCCAUGAAGUAUUGAAAAGUAUUGAGUUGACCCAAUUUCUCUCUAAUUCACCACUUCCAGUAUCAAAGAGACAAAGUCAAAGAACUGAUGAUGCACUACUGACCACCAGCUAUGAUGUAUCUAAAUAUAACUACCAGGAAUCACAUUUUUUUUUUCUUUUAUAUCUUCAAAGUUUUGUUUUUUUCAUGAUUGUCAGGUUAUUCACACGUGUUAAUUUGGAAGAAACAUGAAGAAACCCAGAAAUUCAGACAUCUGCGACAUGUGCUCGCUUGACCCAUAAAACUGUAAGCUUUCUUCUUGAGGUUAGUUAUUUUUUAUUUUUAUUUUAUUUACUUCCUAAGCUGAUAUUAGCUCGAUGAACAAAGCCACUCUUAGCCCGACACGUAAACCUCAUCCAGGUUUGGCAGUAUAUAAGAUUUUAUGUCGACGAUGUGCAAUUCUCUCAAAGGGAAACUUUCCUCAACUCAAGAGUUCCUAGUUUGUUUUUAACCAAAUGUUUAAAAUGUUUGUUUUUAUUUUGUAUGUGUGAAAAUGCUUCCUUAUUGACAAGGUUUGGUUGUUCAUUUUAUUUUUGUUCCAAAGAAUGGUUUAAUCAAAGUUUACCUUUUAUUUAUUGAAUUUAUUUUCCUUUUUAAAUAUGGAGAACCAUCACUAAUGUAAUCUACUGCACCUGAAGACAAACGUGUGUGUGAACUAUGCCUGGUCGACUCUAUUGAUCUGUUUUCACAAUAUUUUCUUUUGCAUCACGGGAGUGCGCUUGUUUUGAAGUCAGUAUCUCCUGACGGAGCCUCGAAUCGUUGAAGUUACUGAGAUUUACUAUAACACGUUUACAAGUAACUUCUUGGAAGAAUAGCUGAAGACAUGUUCUGUGAUCUCAAUGUUUGAACUUUUUCAAGAGAAACGAACCCCUAAAUUCAAUGGAACUUUGAGAAACUUUGUUACAUUGGUAGUAAAUAGUUCAAGGUUCAUCCAAUCUGAAAGUAACAGUUUUCUUAAUGAAGUUUUGAAUUCACGUCAACGUUCAAGAUAACAUGAGAAAGAUGCUCGACAAUCGAGACGCCGACAUUUCCUCUAAGAUAGUUCACGAUGGAUGAGGCGUUCCUCCUCUAGUAAACAGGAGCUUAGUGAAAUAGCAACAUGCAGUAUUUGUGUAAUACUACGAAUGCUGAGAUCAUGGGAGCUCUUCAAUUAGGAAGCAACGACAGCGAGGAGAAGCAACUGACUGAGAACAAGCGCGACCCGUGAGCUGUUUUACUUGACAGCAGGAAGGAAUGUGUGUACAGACGAGCAGGGCCCGGACGUCCAUCGUUAGCCUCCAGCGAUGCUGAAAAUAAAUGUACCGACUGUCUCCAGGUUGAGACUUCUGCUCUUGGACUCGUUGCCCAGUUGGCUUAAAAAAAAAAAAAAAAACAUUUGUGGCCCUGCAAACUAAAACCAACAGUCUGUCGUCAAGUGGCUUCAUCAUGAACAAGUUUA